UCCAAAGCAAAUCCGCCGUAGCCGCCUGAUUCCGGGAAAAUGCGUGUCUGGGAAUAGCAAAACGAAAUUGUCGGAGUGAGAGAUUCAUGGCGGGGAUGCAUGCGGUGGCGGUGGUGCGAAUGAUGGCGAUGGAGGCGUCGGCUGGGGAAGAGAUCGAGUUCGGAACGGCCUGGUGGUUUAUGUACGCAGGGAUCUCCUGCUUCCUGAUCGUCUUCGCCGGAGUCAUGUCCGGCCUUACCCUCGGUCUCAUGUCCCUCGGCCGCGUCGAGCUCGAGAUCCUCCAGCGCAGCGGCACCUCCGCCGAAAUGCGCCAAGCAGCUGCUAUCCUGCCUGUGGUUCAGAAGCAACACCAGCUUCUAGUGACCUUGCUCCUCUGUAAUGCAGGUUCCAUGGAGGCACUUCCUAUAUAUCUGGAUAAGCUUUGCAAUCAGUAUGUUGCUAUUCUGUUGUCUGUGACGUUUGUUUUAGCUUUUGGAGAGGUUAUUCCACAAGCAAUAUGCACAAGACAUGGACUUGCUGUAGGUGCAAAUUUUGUUUGGCUUGUGAAAAUUUUGAUGACAAUUUGCUAUCCAAUUGCAUAUCCUAUUGGAAAGAUUCUAGAUUGUGUGUUGGGUCAUGAUGAGGCAUUAUUUAGACGGGCUCAGUUGAAAGCUCUUGUCUCCAUCCACGGCCAGGAGGCUGGUAAAGGUGGUGAACUCACGCAUGAUGAGACAACUAUCAUUAGUGGUGCACUAGACUUAACUGAAAAGACUGCUGAGGCAGCUAUGACACCUAUUGAGUCAACAUUUUCUUUAGAUGUGAACUCAAAAUUGGACUGGGAAGUUAUGGAAAAUAUUCUUGCUCGAGGUCAUAGUCGAGUUCCUGUUUAUUCUGGCAACCCAAAAAAUAUCAUUGGACUUUUGCUGGUAAAAAGUCUUCUCACGGUCCUACCAGAAAAAGAGACCCCUGUGAGUGCUGUUUCCAUUCGAAGAAUUCCGCGAGUUCCUGCUGAUAUGCCUCUAUAUGACAUAUUGAAUGAGUUUCAAAAGGGUAGCAGUCAUAUGGCAGCUGUAGCGAAGGCUAAAAGGAGAAAGAAAAAUCCCCUAUCACUUACUGAAGGAUAUACUGAAGAGGUGAGAAUUUACAGUGCGGACACGGAGGUUAAUAUUCCUUUGCUAUCAGAGAGAGAUGAGAAAUCAGAACGCUUUGUUGUUGACAUUGAUAAAGCUUCUAAGGCAUCCACCAUUAGUAAGAAAACCUUGUCUCAAUAUAAUGAUGCUGCAAGGAAUGGCUUGCUUCAUAUGUCAGAGGAUAUUGAAGACAGUGAAAUAAUUGGAAUCAUCACCUUGGAAGAUGUAUUUGAAGAACUUCUCCAGGAGGAGAUUCUAGAUGAGACAGAUGAAUUUGUUGAUGUACAUAAAAGGAUAAGUGUGGCUGCAGCUGCAGCUGCUUCUUUAGCAGUGGGACGCAGCCCACCAGUCCGGCGGCUAAGUUGCUAUAAGGGCACGGGAGGACAAAGUAAGCAAGGACAGGCACAGGCAGUGAAGAAGUCUGCAGAGGAGGAUCCAUUUGCACCCAAGUUAACAGGAGAAGUUGGUGAGCCACUUCUUGAGAACAAGAGAUGAAUACAAUUUCAGCCUAGACAUUUAACUUUUUGGUUCCAAUGAACCUGUUAAGACAGAAAUCUGUUUAUAUUGCCAAAGAAAGUAAAUUUAUAGGUAGAGAAAAAUAAAGCUUGCGCUGGGUAAAAAUUUGGAAUUUUGUUGCGCAAAUUAUGUAUCUGCAGGUGUAUUUUGCAAUUGGUUGUAAAUUUUUUGGAAUUUCAUUAGCAGAUUAUCUAAAUCCACCACCAUUUACACCUGGCCUUGUAUAUCAGGUGGUAACUCCAGUGCCUCUCAACAUUAAUCUCAGGUACUCAAAAUCUUCUCCCUGCCUAACCAAGAGGUACUAGCUCAUGCAGACAUAUAUUGAUAAA